GGAAGAAAAAGCUCAGAUAGAGGCUGAUUAGCGGAGUCAGCAGACGCCAGUGGCGGUCGGUUCUGUCUAAGCGUAAACCCGUGAACGAAACAAACAAUGAAGAACGAAGGUAUAGAGGGCACGGAGAGGUUUCUGAGCCCGGACAAAGGCAGGGGCCUGCGGGCGGUAAGGCACUUCGCGGUGGGGGAACUGGUGUUCGCCUGCCCUGCCUACUCUUACGUGUUGACAGUGAAUGAGAGGGGAGCGCACUGUGAACACUGCUUCACCAGGAGAGAAGACCUUUUUAAGUGUGGUAAAUGUAAGCAGGCGUACUACUGCAAUGUUGAUUGUCAGAGAGGUGACUGGCCCAUGCAUAAGCUGGAGUGUGUAGCUAUGGUCGCAUAUGGGGAAAACUGGUGUCCAUCAGAGACGGUCAGACUGGUGGCUAGAAUCAUCAUGAAACAGAGAGCUACACCAGAGCGCACCCCUUCAGAGAGGCUACUACUGCUCAAAGAGUUUGAAUCACAUUUGGAUAAGAUGGACAGUGAGAAAGAGGAGAUGAACCAGACGGACAUAGCAGCUCUGCAUCAUUUCUACUCCAGACAUAUCAGUGACCUUCCCAACGACCAAGUGCUCACCGAGCUCUUUGCACAGGUAAACUGUAAUGGUUUUACCAUAGAAGAUGAGGAGCUCUCCCACCUGGGAUCAGCUGUUUUUCCUGAUGUAGCACUGAUGAACCACAGCUGUAGUCCUAAUGUCAUAGUGACCUAUAAAGGCACAGUGGCUGAAGUUAGAGCUGUUAAAGAGAUCAACCCAGGGGAGGAGAUCUUUAACAGUUACAUAGACCUGCUCUAUCCCACAGAGGACCGAAAAGAGAGGUUAUUAGAUUCCUACUUCUUCACAUGCCAGUGCACAGAGUGCACCACCAAGUCUAAGGACAAGGAAAAAAUGGAGAUCAGGAAGCUGAGUUCUCCACCAGAGCCUGGGGAAGUUCAGUCGAUGGUCCAUUAUGCCAGGAAUGUCAUUGAGGAGUUCAGGAGAGCCAAACACUAUAAAACUCCCAGUGAGCUGCUGGAAAUGUGUGAGCUCAGCCUGGAGAAGAUGGGAGCUAUUUUUGCAGACACCAAUGUCUAUAUGCUGCACAUGAUGUAUCAAGCCAUGGGCGUCUGUCUCUACAUGCAAGACUGGGAUGGUGCUAUGAGCUACGGGGAGAAGAUCAUUCAUCCAUACAGUGUUCACUAUCCUGCCUUCUCUCUGAACGUGGCAUCGAUGUAUCUGAAACUAGGACGUCUGUAUUUAGGACUUGAGAAGAAGGCACAAGGAGUCAAAGCACUUAAGAAGGCUCUGGCCAUCAUGGAGGUUGCACAUGGAAAAGAUCACCAUUAUGUAGCAGAGGUCAAAAGAGAAAUUCAAGAUCAGAAGUAAAGAGAGGAACAGAAGCAAAAAAAAAAAAAAAAAAUCAUGUGAGGCUCUGGAGUAAAGAACCUCCCAGAAAGCAACAAAAUAUGUCACAAAUGCAUGGCAUGCAUCUUAUACCUCUGCAUUUUUAACAUUUUUAUUUGUAUUUCUUUUCCUGCCUUUCUUUAGACAGAGUUCCUUUUACAUGCAUUCUGGCUGAGGAUGACCACAUUUUAUAUCUGUCGCAGACUACUUCAUGUCAGACCUUAUUUGGUGUUGGACAAAGAAAUACCAUCUAAAGUAUUCAUCUUCAGUCCUUAAAGGUAAUUUGAAAAUUCUGGCUCUUUUUGCUGGACCUCUUAUCCAUACUGCAGGCGUAAAUAUCAUUGUGUUGGUGGGAAAGAUAUCAUGAUGCUGCCUCUGGGGGGAAAAAAAAGCUUUAAUGUAAAAGAUCCACUUACUGAAGUCAAAUUUGUUUUUCCAAGUGAGUUUGAAACUGUUCACUGAGAUUUGUGGAGUCAACAGACUGUUUCUCCCAUCAUUUUGUUUUUUUUUUGGCAGCAAUUUGAGCUGCGCAGCAUUACUCCUUUACUGUAUCUUAUCACUUCAAAAGUCAGAUCAAACUGCUGAGUAGUACUGUGGGCAUUUCAACAUAUUUACAGCCAGCGCAUCUAAUUUCUGCCAAAUAUUCAGCAACAGAGCAGAGUGUAUGGCCUCAUUGUUCAUGUUGAAACUGUGAAAAAAAAACAAACAAAACAGCUGACCAUGCAUCUGGCACUCUGUAGCACCAGAGAGGAGGAAGCAAAGAAUUAUUUCUGAACGGGUAAUGAAUAGUUUUAUUGGCAUGUCUUACAGUAUGUUUUGCUUGUUUAAAUGAAGCAGAAAGUGUUGCAUGUUUGACUGUUUAUACAUUCAAGUGUGGAUGUUUUUUUUUUUUCUUUCAUGUGAGGCUUUUUGACCCAAUGGGCUCCAAGUUUAUCUGACAAGGAACCAGCUAUUUAAUCCGUUCAGUGUAUCCUUAAACAGGGGUGCUGAUUUGAGACCAGUUCUCCUCUUCUGUCACAAUGAAAACAGUGAAACUAUGACCCGACCAAUGAUCCUGGAUCAGAGCCUUCAUGCUCUCUGCGAUACAAGCGACAACACUGUAGCUUCUAUUUCCUUAGUUGAGAGAUGCAUUAUUGUUUAGUGUUUUCUGUAAAACAUCAUGAAUCUACAUCAAUAGCCUGGAGAAGAAGUCACUAUAGUAGCUGUGGGCAGGAUAUUAACAUACACUAUAACAUUUCAGUUGUGGUAAAGCGGGAUGAGAUCAGUUACAGUUGAAAUGAAAUGAAUGAAGUUGUUUUAUCAAAAAUAUUUAGUCUCUCUUUUAUCUCUUAGUGUGAUGUUAAAAUAUGCAUUGCAAGUUAUUUUUACACCACUCACUGUAAACAACUGUGCACACUGCAAAUUAUCCCAACAGUUCAACCUCUAAGGAAGCAUCACCUUCAGCAGCAAUAGUUCAGAAGCUUAACAGCAAGGCUAGUCAAAGAUAAAGGGGCUGUGGUCUGUAAUUUGUUCAUCAGGAGCAGGAUCGGGCUUUUCAGACUGAAUUUACCUGAAAAAAAAAACACCAGCCAAGAUUUAGUCUGUCUAGUCUGUCUCAGAUCUAAGGUUGAGCAUGCAG